AUGGCUGUGUCACGCCGGUACGCUGCCGCCGCCUGGUCGGUCUGGAUUCUUCUGCUUCUGCAAGGCGCACGGAGUCAAACGACUCCUGCGCGAUCAGUGGCUUCUAUCAACCCCAACCACGGAAGCUUGGCAGGGGAGACUCAAGUCUGGCUCGUCGGGGAAGGAUUCUCUGCUAACCAGUUUGACUGGGGCGAAGGGAACAAGGAUGCCGGAAACAGGGUGAAACUGGUUCACGAGUCGGGCAGGUUCUCUCUGGACGGUGCCGUUGAACCCGACAUGUCCAACCAGCAACAGAUCGUCUUCAGGACUCCCCCUGUGGAGGAGAAUGGGUGGUACAACAUCCGGGUGACUGUGGACGGCGAGGAGAUACCCGCAAAUAGGCACUGCCAUGCGUGUCGUUUUCAGUACCGGGGAGAUGUGACACCAAUGAUUAAUAGUAUAGUGCCGUCGUCUGCACCUCCAGGAAGUUUCAUAACCGUGAAGGGUAAAAUCUUUACCACCUUAUACGGCAGCAACGCGCCCAACGGUACCAAUGGGAGAAAGUGUGCCUUUAAAAGGGUCUUCGUUGGCGGUCAGAAGUGUGAGCUGCGAGAUUUCGAAAACGAUGAAAUGUAUGGCAUCCAGCUGGAGAACGAUGGGACUUCGGAUAACGGCUGGUUUGUAUGCAAACUGGAGGGCUCCUACGUAGGCAACAUGAACGUCAGUUUCAUUAUUGAUCGAGCCUUUGGAAGGUCGAUGACUGCCAAUAACGUCAAGAAGCCGACUUCGGUUCCGACGGACAAGAACUUGGGCAUGUUCCAAACAUACGCCGAGGUGCUGGGAGUCAGCCCGGCCACAGGCAGCCUUGCCGGCGGUACCCGGCUCACCAUCACCGGCAGGUACUUUGACGACACCGACGCUCCGCCUGAAGUCUACGUUGGAGGAACACCUUGUGCUGUGCAGAGUAUGACAGACAACACGAUCGAGUGUAUCACACAGGCUGCUCCUGACCUGUCCUCACUCUCAUGGCCUGGGAACCGCGGAAUUGAGUUCGCUCUGUGGAACAACAGCCAUAGCGCACCGGGCACCAUGGAUGAUAUAUUGGAGUAUGACUCAUCCAUGAGCGACUACUGGCCGGUGCCGAUCAACGAGUUUGCAUACUACAAGCUUCCCCAAAUGAAUUAUUUUGAUGCCAGAGCGAGGGCCUUUUUUGUACCGCCGAUGGACAACUUAUACCAAUUCUACAUCCGCGGGGACGACAUCGCCAAACUGUGGAUGAGUCCGGACGCAAAUAAGGAUAGAAAAACCGUAGUGGCGUCCUUCUUUAGCUACUCCCCUGAGUGGGCUAAGGGUGCGAGCCAGAAGACUGAGAAGAUGUGGCUGGAGAAAGGGAAAAGCUACUAUAUGGAGUUGGCGUUCGUCGAGAAUACAGGAACGGGGUUUUUUGAAGUGGCCGUCCGAAUGUUCAACACAUCGUACACGUCACAGCAGACUGACAGUGCGUGGAUGACGCAGGAACAACUGGAGCUGUCCGUGACAGUUCGCCCAGAAAUACAGCGAGUGACCCUGAGUAACUGGACAACAGAUACAGCGGUGAAGCAGGUUCAGACCAUCAGCUUCGUCGGUACAUUCUUCCAGUACAAACUCCGGUUAGACGGCGCUUCAACAGGUGUGCUGACUAGUACAAGUAACCCGAACGACGUGAAAACUGCCCUGAACAGUCUAGUGUCAGUCCAGCCCGAUACAGUCAAGAUCACCCAGUCUAACACAGCUGACGGCUCCGAGCUGGCUGUAGAGUUCCAGUCUACUAGAGGAUUUUUCCCCGCGAUCGAAGUGGACAUAUCGGGCGGUAACGCUACCGUCGCCGUCACCACGGAGGGCAGACCGUCGCUGGACACCUUCACACUCGAGGUGGACGGCGUGCCUUCCGAUCCUAUCGCUCACGAUGCAAGUGCAGCCGAUGUAAAAACUGCCCUUCUUUCCAUGUUUGGUACCCGCUGCCCCAGUGAAAUCACGAAUCCAAACAGCGCGAUCACAGCCUACUACCAGGACUAUGAGCGGGAGAUCAGAGGAGACUCGUUCUGUGGGCUGGGGGCAGGGAACAAUGUCUUCCUGUACCGUCCGCAAUGGGGAGACGGACCGAUCCGAAUGGAUAUGUAUCGAAAGGCGUGCUUUGCGUACAAGGGGUCAUCAGGUCUGAGUGACAACAUCAGGAUAACGUUCUCCUACACAGACAGCAGUGGAGAGGAGCGGCAGGGACAAGGAGACUACUCCGUCGGAAUAACGGGUGACUCGACGUGGCAUUACACCUGUAUAGACCUCUACGAUCUGGUGACCAGUGACCCGUCCAAGCAGGGCUUCAGAAAUUUCAAGACGAAAGAGUUCCGCUUGAUAACGUUGGUGAAUCCGACUGAACUCCUUGUGGACUCGGUCUUCAUUGGGAGAGUCAAUACGGUGGACAACCCAGAAGGUAGGCACGAUUAUGACAUCUUUUGUGCCUGAUGAGUUGUAUGAAUCCUAGAUAUUACAGCAAACAGGGCUCCAGGAGCCAAGCCUGACGGAAUCAACAUCAAGAACGUGGUGGUUGAGAAAGGGGAAGACUCAAGCUACGACAUCACGUUUGAAGCCCUGGAGAGUGCGUACGGUUUCCCGCUUCUGGCGGUCAGAUCUGCACAGGUCUCGUCAGCUACCGACAACAGCACAGAGUACAGGUAUCCUUCUGGCUCAAUGUUGAAGGUUGAGCGGGUCAGUGUGGCUUCACAACCCAUCGGAGGAACGUUUGACGUCACUUAUGAGGGGAACGUAGUUCAGAACAUUCCAUACGACGUGUCGGCGGUAGAUUUCAAGAACCUCCUGGAACAAGCAGACAUAGCUGACGUGACUGGUGAAGACCCUGUGGCCACCGUGAGGAAGACCAGAGAGGGCGGACUCUUUAUGACCAUCAGAGACGAGUUCCUCAGGACGGUACACGACAAGCCGCAGGUGCAGGUGACCAUCAACCACGUCCCGUCAGCCUGUGCGGGAAACUGCACGUUCGAGUGGAGCGCCGACAGCACGCCUAGUGUCAACGGUGUCACCCCGUCAGAAGGCUCUUACUACGCAGGAACUUCAAUCACUAUAUCCGGGAGUGGAUUCCUACCUAGCACCGACAACAACACAGUGACGAUCGGGGGCGUGGCCUGCGAGAUCACCGCGGCAACGGAAGACGAGAUCUCGUGUGACGUGCAGGAGAACUCGGGCGGGAGUCACGUGGUUACCGUGGAGGUUGACGGGAAGGGUUUGGCCAGCCACCCUGCUGAUGGGGAACUUGUGUUCACUUACACCGCUGACAUUUCGGGUAUCAGUCCGACGGCAGGAAGUCUAGGAGGAACGGUGUUAACCAUCAGCGGUCACGGGUUUGGACACGCCUAUGUUCCUUAUGUUGGGGACCAGGAGUGUGCGGUGACUAACAUCACUUACACCGACAUCACCUGCACAGCACCCUCUUCUUCCACAGCCGGGGCAGUGCAGGUUACAGUCAGCCAGGGUGACAACCAGACCCUGGCCAGUCCGACAGAUUACACGUACGACGCCUCUCUGACUCCCACCAUCACCUCACUCAGCUCCACCACCGGCACUGUGGACGGAGGCGAUGUCGUCGUGAUCUCAGGAUCCAAUUUCGGGGCCGCAGCUUCUUGUGAUGACGCGGUGAAAAUAGGAGACGCCGCGGCAGAGAUUCUGUCCUACAGCGACACGGAGGUCACCAUCAGCCUGCCCGCGCAAGGUCCCGGAUUGUAUCCCGUCAGGCUGUGCGUGGGCGGAAGCGGGUUUGCUGAUGUCGAGACGCACAGUAUACCGGAUAUCCGGUAUUCACUCAAGGUCACCAACGUCGUCCCAAGGUCAGGGUCCUUACUUGGAGGCACCCGCGUCAUCAUCGCUGGGGAGGGCUUCAGUACCGACAACACGACCGUGACGUUUGGUGACGUCAGCUGUGACGUCACGUCUGCCACCUCCACACAAAUCGAGUGUAUCACCGCUACGUCAGCAAAAGUACACGAAGUCGACAACAUGGGUACACAUUCAACUUACGGUCGAGGGUACGCCUGGAGCCACACGCCGUUGGACGUACGUCCUGGCGAUACAGUACGCUGGCGAUGGAACACGCCCAGUACCGCUGUAGGGGUGGGUUACCUGGUGCAGCAGACAGCGAGCGCCAGCAGCACAGAUUACGGCGGGCAAGGAUUCAGGAGUGGGACUGUGAAAACACCUUCGGGUGAGUUCGAGCACGUCUUCACCGGAGAAGGCCUGUACUUCUACUCCAGUGGACCUGUGGACCGGAAUGGAAAUGUGAAGAUGAAGGGAGUCGUGAACGUGGUGCCAUAUUCUGGCAGUGUACAACAGUUAAGCCUGGCUGUCAAUGGCUACGAGGCGGAAUACGACGUCAACUCAGGUGUUGCCGAUCCUGUAGACAGUACUGCGUGUGCAGGUGAGACAAGUCAGAUAUCAGAGUGCACAUCUUCAGCCCCACAGGCUCCCUCAGGGGAUGACAAGUUCCACUUCACCUUUGACCCUUGCCGCACCCCUCGGAUCACCUCCAUCAGCCCCUUAUCUGGCACCAUGCGUGACGUCAUCACGGUCAAUGCGUCAGGACUCGGCUCAGACAGCUGUAUGAACAAGGUGACGGUGGGAGGGUACCCGUGUUCGUGUCAGCUGGUCACAGCCGACUCCUUGUCCUGUACUAUCGACCACCAGGUCGACAUGCCUGUCGCUACUUACAAUAACAUGGGGCUGACAGUCGACAACAGAGGAGACGGUCUCAACUCGCCCCUGACCGUGGAGGAGAGAAGCUUCGUCCUCCUGCCAAACGUCGACUCCAUCUCGCCUGAUGUGGGCUCCAUGGUGGGCGGCACCCUCGUCACCAUCACAGGGUACGGCUUCACCUCCCCCGGGAUAGACGCCUCGGACAUCGACAUCAGGAUCGGCGCCUUGAAAUGCCAGAUCGUCGAACUCACGUACAACCAGAUCGUCUGCGAAACUCCGCCCAUCAGGCAGAACAAACGGGAAGCAAGCAGUGAUAUCGAGAGGGGCAUCGCCAUCGUCAUGUCAACAAGCGGUGGACCAGUAGAUAUCGGAUGUUCCUCCGGCGACUGUGCUUUCACCUACUCGGAGUCUGCCACGCCUACGGUUACAGACGUCCAGCCUAGAGAAGUAUCAGGAGCCGUCACACAGCUGGCCAUCAAUGGCUCCCUCUUCGGAGCUGAUCCCGCAGAGGUUGCCGUUUCUGUAGACGAGGAUGACGUUCAAUGUAGCAUCACCACCAUCGCUGACGAUUAUAUCGAGUGUGACCUUGGCCCUGUGCGGGUUGGAGUGAAGUCCUUCUCGGUACACGUACACGGUAAAGGGACAGCGGAUUCCGACGUGACGUCAGUGGAAAGUUUGGCCACUAUCGAUGACGUAACACCGUCGGAGGGCAGCGUCAACGGCGGGAACACGGUAACCAUAACAGGGAACGGAUUCGUACCCGGCAACACGGCUGUUCUGAUUGGCGGAGAGUCAUGUGACAUCCGUGACAUCACACGUCUGCAGAUCGACUGUGUAGCACCUGCCGGAGUUGCAGGACAGGUGCCGCUGCUUGUGACAUCCGACGGUGUUCAGUACCCUGAGCAACAGUACAGCUACUCGGCGGAUCACACCGCCCAGGCUCUCUCUGUGUCACCUUCCGCGGGGAAAACCGGAGACUCCGUCACCAUCACCGGGAACGGCUUCGGUGACGUGGCUGAUGACGUCACGGUGACUAUCAACGGCACGGAUUGCAGCAUAACGACCCUGUCCAGUACGCAGCUUGAGUGCACGGUUGGCGCUCACUCCGCGGGUACUUACAGCGUCGAGGUCUUCAUAGCUGGUAAAGGAUGGGCUACGUCAUCUCUGGAGUUCGAGUAUCAGUUGACAGUGGACUCCAUGUCUCCUACGGAAGGAAGCUUUGGAGGCGGUCAGGUGUUGACCAUAGUCGGGACAGGGUUUGACGCUGAGCUGACCGUCGUCACCGUUUGUGGCCAGACCUGCGAACCGACGGCAGCGCCCCAGCCUAGCCAGCUUACCUGUAACGUACCCGCAAAUGAAGGUCUGUCCUCUGGAACUCUGGUCUGCGACGUGACGGUGUCUGUCGGAGCGGAAAGUGUCCAACAGAACGCCGCCUACACCUACAGGAGCAGCUUAACUCCGGUCAUCACCGAGGUGUCCCCCAGGCGCGGGGGAACUGCCGGCGGAACAACGGUCACCAUCACGGGAACCGGCUUCGGGGCAACGGAUGCAGACAAUAGCGUGACCAUUGCCGGGAGUGAAUGCAUCAUCCAAACGGCGUCGACUACACAGAUCGUGUGCGUGACGGAAGCUCAUCAAGGGUCGGCAAAAACCAAAGUCAGGGUUGCUGUUGGCGAUCAUGGAAUCGCAACGCAGGAUGCCGCAGAUUACUGGUACAUCGACCGCUGGUCCUCCGUGUUUACCUGGGGAGGCGGACCUCUCCCAGAGGCGGGGGAUUUUGUCAUUGUCCCGGCGGGACAGACCCUGCUGCUGGACACGGACACACCAGUCCUGAAGGUGUUGCUGAUAGAAGGCGGUGAGCUGAUAUUUGAUGAGCAGGACCUGGAGCUUCAGGCAGAGUAUGCCCUCAUCACAAACGGAGGACUUCUACAGGUUGGUACAGAAGAGGAGCCAUUCCAACAUAAGGCCAUCAUCACAAUGCACGGUCACGUCAGGUCACCUGAACUGCCGCUGUACGGAGCCAAGACACUGGGUGUGAGGGAAGGCACGCUGGACCUACAUGGGAGACCCACGCCUAUCACCUGGACAUUCCUGGCGGAGACCGUGUCUCCCAGUGACACCUCCUUGACCCUGACUCAGCCCGUCAACUGGGAAGUGGGCGACCAGAUUGUCCUCGCCACCACCGGACACAGGCACACACAGAGACAAAACGAGGUACGGACUAUCGCUUCAGUGUCAGAUGACGGCAGGACACUGACGAUCACCGAGGGGCUGCAGUACCGGCACAUCUCGGCAGUCACGACGUUUGCUGACGCAGGCGUGACCCUGGAGACCCGCUGCGAGGUCGGGCUGCUCACCCAUAACGUCGUCGUCCGCGGAUCGAACAACGCGGAGUGGAACGACGACAUUGCUGCCUGUCCUGCCGGGUUUAAUACUGGGGAGUUUGCCACCCAGACGUGUUUCCAGGGCCGGUUCGGUGACGAAGUCGGGACGGACGAGUUCGGUUCGCAGAUCAUGCUCCACGGAAGGGAGAUGAACAAGGGCUUAGUGGUGGGCAGGUUUUCACACAUAGAGGUCACUCACGCUGGUCAGGCCUACAGACAUGGCAGAUACGCUAUCCACUUUCACCUGAAUGGCGACAUGCCUGAAUCAUAUGUAAAAGGCUGCUCCAUACACAAGAGCUUCAACCGCGCCGUGAACAUGCACAACUCACACAACCUCACGGUAGAACGUAACGUCAUCUACAACAUCAUGGGAGGUUCCUUCUUCCUGGAGGAUGGCAUUGAGCAGGACAACAAAAUCCAGUACAACUUGGCUGUUUUCGUCAAAUCAAGUACAAGUUUGCUGAAUGACGACAUCACCCCUGCCGCAUUCUGGGUAACAAGCCCGAACAACAUCAUCCGACACAACCACGCAGCAGGCGGCACGCAUUUCGGCUUCUGGUACCGCAUGCACGCACACCCCGACGGCCCGUCCUUCGACCCAAGCAUCUGCCCGGACAAGAUCCCACUCGGGGAGUUCUACAACAACACCGUCCAUUCCCAAGGUUGGUACGGGAUCUGGAUCUUCGAGAACUACUUCCCCACAGAAAACGGGGCCUGCGGCGGAGGAAGACCGGAACCCGCUAAGUUCUACAAGCUGACCGCCUGGAACAACCACAAGGGAGCGGAGUGGGUCAACGGCGGGGCCCUCCAGUUCGUCGACUUCGUCAUGGCUAGCAACGAUGAGAUAGGGAUAGAUAUAAAGGGCAUUGGCGGCACUGAAUGGGGAGAGGAAUUUGGAGCUGUGAUCAAGAACGGUUACGUGAUUGGUCACCUUGAUGCCCUGAACGAAACAUACCCCUCAGGCACCCACUGUCAGCAGAACGGCAUCGCCCUGCCCUAUUCGCCGAGGAUGACUGUCAACGGGACCACCUUCAUCAACCAUGAUCGCAGCUGUACAGCCAUGUCUAUAGGGGCAGGAGGUGGACCUAAUUUCGGCGGUUGGUACUACCGUACGACCGACCUACGCUUUUAUGACUCUCCCAACAAAAUCGUCUUUCAGUGGGAACACCAAGCAGUGUUCCACGACUUGGAUGGGUCAUUGAGUGGUACUGUUGGAGCCAGGGUGACCCCAUAUAACCCUGCCCUCCCCCCGGAGUGUGAAGAGGACCCAGCGUUCAGCGGGGGCCAUCCCGGAGUGGUGUGUGACCCAUCCGUCGACUUCAUCCGCUUCUCCUGGACCGGAGCACUCCCCGACUCCCUGAACGGCAAAAAUGUCAUGGCGUCGUCCAUAUACGGAACUAGUGUCAUUCCCUUCAGGGCCAAACGUGUUUCCCACAUGAGAGCGUGGAUGACUACGUUGCAAUCUGGAGGCACACACAACAUUUUCUGGGAGAACGCCGACCACAUAACUAAUAUAUCGUACAGCGGAGUCUACUACCAAAUACCCGAAGACCAGUACGUCAUAGUGUACCACAACCUCACCCAAUCGCCAGACAAGUUUGCCAUCAUCCCCGGAGACGACAGAAACGCUUCCCUCCACCCGCUCACCUACGAAGACAACGAACACGGAGACUAUUACUUCGACAACUCAACAAAAUACUUCAGUUAUCUGAUUUCCGGAAAGACUGCGUCAAGGGAGAAGCGUUCCGCCGUGCCGACGUCGUACGUCGACCGGGCCGUGCAGCUAAAGGUGUACCGGUGCUACUUCAAGGACUGUAUCCCCCCGGUGCCAACUCUUGCACCAGGGGUAGAGACUGUGGACUACCACCUGGCCACGGAACGUCCGGAGGACUUUGAGCGAUGGUCGAACCCGGCGACCUGGGAGGGCACGGAGGCUGGGUGGGGCGGUAACUAUGGCGACGGGCGGAGGAAACGGCAGGUGUACGGACCCCCCAGGGAGGGCGAUGACGUCAGGAUUCCUCCUGACAAGUGGAUUGUGGCAGAUGUUGAGCGGAUAUCGCUGAACAAACUCUUCAUCUACGGCGUUCUGGAGCUGGACGACGGACCUGACAAGAACUACGUCUUUAGUGCUGUUCAAAUUCUAGUGCAGGGUGGCCGUUUGAUCAUCGGCUGGGAGGACAACCCAUUCCAAGGGAUGGCUCGUAUAAUACUCAGGGGGAAUCACCUUACCCCAGACAUGCCACUACCGAACGGUCCCAAUCUAGGAGCCAAAGCUCUCGGCUGUUUUGGUGGCUGUGACAUCCACGGUAAAAACCGUGUGGUGACCUUCACCCGUCUGGCCCAGACCGGUAACGUCGGUGACAGCACCGUUACACUGGUGAAGGCCGUGGACUGGGUGGCGGGUGACGACAUCGCCAUAGCAACGACCACCUUUGACGUCUGGCAGACAGAAACGUUCAAGAUCGUCAGCGUGUCAGAAGACAUGACAACACUCACACUGAACGGGACACUGGCCUACAGACACAUGGCUGAAACUCUGACCUUGGCUGAUGGUGAGACGACUGUCACAAUGGCAGCUGAGGUCGGACUUUUCAGCCGGAAUGUCCAAAUCAUCGGAGAGGAUUAUGACGACCUGUUUGAGGAGUCAUUUGGAGCAAGGGUUCUGGUCGGGACAUUUACGCAGAAGGACACUGAAUAUAGAGGCUACGCCAGAAUCGAGAACGUUGAGUUCUACCACACUGGCCAGGAGGGCUGGACGGACUUCUACGACCCUCGCUACUCCCUGGCGUUCCUGGACGCAGGAGAAGUCCAGGAUGAUCACAGGAAGUCUUACAUCAGGAGGAACACGUUCCACAGCGGCUUCUCUCCCGCCAUCGGCGUGUUUGGGACACAGAACAUGGAUAUAGAGGACAACGUCAUUCACCAUACUGUGGGACCAGCCAUGCGCAUAUGGGGAGUGGACAACAAGGUACGGCGAAACCUCGCCAUGCUGCUAAUCUGGCCUGAUGGGUACCAAGACCGAGACGAGGGCGGGCCUGAGUGGACCCCGUCCUUUGACAUGUUUGAUGCUCUGAGUCCUGUCCUGGUGGGGAACGUCGUGGCCGGCUCCCAGAGAGUUGGAUUCCGUGUCGACGGGGAACCUUGCAGCGGGAGCACAGUUGAGGCCUGGUCCGACAACGUUGCACACUCCUGUAUGAUAGGAGUCGCAGUGUUCCCCGAGGACGGUUUAAAACCCUGCAGCAAAAUCUCCAACUUCACCGUCUGGAAGAACCAUGACUACGGCGUCUACUUCCAGUCCGGAAUAAACGACGUUAUCGUCGAGAAUAUCGUAUCUGUGGACAACCAGGUCGGUGUGUACACCAUGCUGUUCGGCGCCAAGUCCCUAAACCACGACACCACCCACAAGACCGUGACCGUGCAGAACUCACUCGUGGUCGGCACCAGCCCGUUCUUCGACUGCAGAGCCGAUUACACCCCGUCCGAUCCGAGCUACAGAAAUGCCUCUCGCCAUGAAUCGUGUAAGGGUCAGGAUGUGGUGUGGAUGACCAACCCCGGACAGGAGGACGCCAUCCAUCCCACAAAGAUCGCCGGCACCACGCUGUACGACGUGGAAGAUUUCAACAAGGUUUUCUUCGAUCGCCCAUCUCUUGGUAAAAUCAACCCGGCCGACUGUGUGGACAUGGAGUGUGACGCCAAGAAAAACGUCAUCUUCGAUGACGAAGACGGGUCCUUCCUGGGCUCGGUGGGGACUGUGAUUUCGGAGGCGGAGUUCGAGUGGGACGGUGACCCGCGGAGGGGGCUGGGAGACUACCGCAUCCCCAAGAUGAUGCUCACCGAUCUGGAUGGCCACAGGCUCGACAUCAACGAGGUUGCCCCCUAUAAAGGCAUAGUUCGUGAUGACAGCUGCACGUACAAGUCCUACUGGCAGGCCUGGGAGUGCCACGACAUCGACUACGAGAUGCUGAUCAUCGAAAGUAUGGACGGAGACACGGAGAUGCGGCGGUUGUCCCCGGUAGCCCUGCACACGGGGCAGUACGUGGACCUUGAAAACGGCCCUCAGGACCAUGGCUGGUGUGCAGGCUACACCUGCCAAAUGCGCAUAUCCACUUUCUGGACUGUUGUUGGUGUCGGCCGACAUUAUGAUAUAUACUUCACAGGCACAUCGCCUCAGAACUUGCGCCUGCACCUGAUGAACGCAAGGGAUGACCAGUCCAUGCGGCUGGGAAUCUUCUACGCAAACCCGCAGCGUCUGGACAUCUACACGGGUGGAAGAUACAUCAUGCCGGAGAACGGCGCCUAUAACGACGCGGGCCAGCUAAUUGUACUGGAGCCGGAAACAGAAGGCCAGUAUUACCCGGCCAUGGAUGGUGUCAACGGAGCUAACUUCUUCGACAGACCCUGGCAGAGACUGUACCUCACCAUCAAGGGCAGCGAGCCAGUAGACAUCAAGACCUCACCUGUCCUGUAUGUCACCUUCGGCGUGCCGGCCAUCACAGUGGAUGAUUUCUUCGAGGUGAAUUUGCGCGCCAAUCUUGCCGCGUACCUGAAAAUCCCCGCCUCGAAAAUCCGCGUGGUGAACGUCGUCAGGGAGGACAGUGGGAGAAAGAAGAGGCAGGGAAUCAUGAAUGUUGAUGUGGAGAUCACAGACCCCCCAGUGGAGGACUAUGACGAUGCGAUGGGCGUAUUGGAGCAGACCCGCGAGGAGCUGCAGGUUGCCGCCUCGACCAUGGUGGACGCCAUGCAGCUUGGGACGCUGAGCAACGAUACUGGCAUUCAAAUCACCAGUCUGGCCAUCAUCGAGCCUGUGCCGACCCCCAACACCACGGAGUGGGAGGAGGUCACUCAGGAGGACUCGCAAACCUUUUCUCAAGCUACAGAAGUUCAAAUUCCUGCGAGGAUAGAGCUGCACACACAGCCAGUGCCGGUGCAUGAAGGCUCUGAGUUCCCCGUCCAACCAAAGCUGCAAGUCUUUGAUGAUUCGGGAGAGUUGGUGAUGAACCUUGGCACAGUGGCUUCCCGUUGGGAGGUCCAGGCCACCGUUCGCGCCGGAAGCGGAAGUGACUCUCGUGCCCAGAUCAUUGGUGACAACGCUGUUUUCAAGAACGGCUGGGCCAACUUCACCAACCUGGCCAUCUCUCACAGUGGACAGGGAUAUAUCAUCGAUUUUAUCAUCGUCAAACCUGAAGCUGCAUCGACCUUCAGAGCGGCGUCCGACCCACUCUACUUGUCCGACCGUCUCCUGUCUGGUGCGUUAUUCUCCAUUACACAAAACCUGACGGUGGGCGGACCGUUCACCAUGUCUGUGGGCAUCACUGACGCUGUGUCAGGACUGGAAAUACAGGACAUCACAUGGAAGGACCAUGCCUGGACUUGUAGUGUUGAACUCUACAAGCCCUUCCCUCAGGACGGUGACCUGACCGGAAGUACUACAGUCAAUUUUGACCCAAACACCGGACGUGCGACCUUCAACUCUAUGACCUUAAACGACUUCAGCAUAUACUACUUCAAGUUCCACAUCAGGAGCACCCCCGGAGACUACGACUUUUUGGUCGAGUCCCAGCCAAUCACGGCGUGGCCUGCAGAUUACGUCACGCCUGAUGAGGAGGACUCGGCUCACGUGACCAUGCGGUUUAGCGGUGACUAUCAGCAGGUGGCUGCCGGGAAGGAGGGAUAUCUGGGGUCGGCUCUGUGGGUCCACAUCAUGGACACGUACACAGACGUCACCGUCGGAAACUUCAGCUUCUCGGAAGGGAGCGUUGUUGCCGACUUUGAUAUGACGGGCACAACGACUGGCGUGAACCACACCCUGAUCGGACUGUGGAACGAGGUGAAAGACGGUCUGACGCUCGUGGUAGAAGGAAACACUCUCAGAGCACAGGUGUCCAUGUUGGUUGAUGGGGAGGACUACUACGGCAUGGAUUCCGGUCCACCGGCUGCGCCACCGGCUGACUUCCCAGUUGGCGCGAUCAUCGGCGUAGUGUUCGUCGUCAUCAUCGCAGCCGGUGUCAUUGGUGUCUUCUUUUACUUAAAGAAGAAACGACGAGGGCCAUUUUCGAAGACUCAACCCGAAGACGAAGACCCAGUGGAAAAGCCUAGCGGGUCUGGUUUAGGCUCCGACAACGGGUCUUUCAUUGAGAUGAAGGAACCGAGGAUGAUGACAGCCCCUGCUGUUCUGCCGCCGCUGAAGAUGGUUCCGCCCGGCUACACGCAUCACCUGCAGGGGAAGGCCGUGGUGCUGCCACCCGUGCUGGGUACGGCGGUGCCCAGACGUGCCUCGGCGGCGUCCGUUCUGACCGUGUCCCGCCCGAGCUCGGCCGCGUCACGGUCCAACAGUAUGCCUGAAGUGGACGUCACCUUGCCGGGAGUGUCUCCACGGGGAUCGGUAGAUCUGGGGGCUUCAGCAGACCCUCCCUAA